AACUCUUCAAUGUCAAAUCUUAAGACAAAAUCAAUUUUCGAUUUUAAAUUUAAAUCGGAUGAUAGUUGUACAUAAUAAUUAAUUUUUAGUGGUCUGUAUUUAAUCCGAACUUGAAGUUUUUCUUUAACUUCCAUUCAUGAUGGCUACCUCAUUGUUUCGAUCUGCCAUCAAAGGCGGAUUAUCUAAACAAAUUCUCAAUAAAACUAUACACUCCUUGUUAAAACUAGAAAGACUAUGCAUUCACACAUCUUCGUUUUUGAAUGUAAAAGGUCAAGAAAUCAAAAUGCCAUCCUUGUCACCGACUAUGACUGAAGGGAACAUUGUAAAAUGGUUAAAAAAAGAAGGUGAUACUAUUGCUGCAGGUGAUGUUCUAUGUGAAAUUCAAACUGACAAAGCCGUUAUGGCUUUCGAGACUGAAGAAGAAGGAAUAUUGGCUAAGAUUUUAGUUCCUGAUGAUGCUAAAGAAAUAAAAGUAGGUUCGCUAAUAGCACUUAUGGUUGCCGAGGGAGAAGAUUGGAAAACUGUUGAAAUGCCCGAUUCUGCUGGUGCUCCAUCUGCUCCGACAACAGAAAUUCAAGCCGAAGAAUCUGGACAACCGUCUGGAGGGAAUACACCUGGAACUGAAAUUAGAAUGCCAUCGUUAUCCCCAACUAUGUCUGAGGGUACAAUUAUAAAAUGGUAUAAGAAAGCCGGUGAUAAAGUGGCUCCAGGCGAUGUUUUAUGUGAUAUUCAAACAGAUAAAGCAGUUAUGGUUUUUGAAACUGAAGAAGAAGGAAUUCUAGCAAAAAUAUUGGUUGGUGAUGAUACUAAAAAUGUUAAAGUUGGUGAUUUAAUUGCACUUAUGGUAGCAGAAGGAGAGGAUUGGACCGAUGUUCAGGUUCCCGGGGAAAAGAAAGUUGCUUCUUCAGCUCCGAAAAAAGAAUCUCCUGAGCUUAAGAUCCAAACAAAGGCUACCUCUGAAUCUGUCACAAGACAUGCAUACGAUGGUUAUAGUCCAGCAGUUAGAUCGCUUUUGGAAUUGUAUGCUAUUGAUGGUAAAAGUGUUAAAGGUACGGGGAAACUAGGAAAACUUUUAAAAGGUGAUGUUUUAAACUACAUUGACCAGAACAAAUUGACAGUAAAACCACCCACUUCAGUUCCAUUACCUGGAGAAACUACCAAAUCUACACCUUCAGUAUCAUCUCCAGUGUCGAGACCGGCCAAAGGACCUGGUUUUACUGACAUUCCAUUAAGUGGUAUGAGAAUGACGAUUGCUAAGCGACUAACUGAAUCAAAAACUAUGAUUCCUCAUGCCUAUGCAACAGUCGAAAGCAAUAUUGAUUCAUUGUUGGGACUUCGUAAGCAACUUAAAUCAGCUGGCAUAAAUGUUUCUGUUAAUGAUUUCAUAAUUAAAGCAGUAGCCGUUGCCUUAAAAAAAUGUCCUCUAGUCAACUGCCAUUAUGUUAAAGAUCAAGUUGUCUUGCAACAAACCGCAGAUAUUUCUGUAGCCGUUGCAACAGAUUCUGGACUUAUCACCCCAAUCGUUACCAAUGCCAACAAUAAAGAGUUAGAUGAAAUUUCAUCAGAGAUUAAAGAAUUAGCUGGACGAGCUCGUAAAGGAAAACUGCAGCUACACGAAUUCCAAGGAGGCAGUUUUACAAUAUCUAACCUAGGAAUGUUUGAUAUCACCGAAUUUAGUGCAAUUAUAAAUCCACCACAAUGUGGUAUAUUAGCUAUUGGAAGCGGACGACCUGUCAUUGCUCUAAAUGGAAAGCCAAAAACCAUUUUAACUGCAACAUUGUCAUAUGAUGCUCGUGCUAUAAGUGAAUCUGCUGCAUCCGAUUUCUUAGAAACUGUACAAGGUUUAUUACAAACUCCAGCUUCACUUCUUAUGACGGCAUCCACAAAUAGGAGGGCUUCAAAUUAAUACAAAUUUUUUUUCCCAGCGUAAAGCAAUUUUUCUUGUUAAAUUAUACGGCUUCUUUGUUUGUGCUUGUUAUUUUUUAUUUUAUUUUAAGAUUCAAACAAAUAAACGUAAUGAUGUUAUAAAAACCAAAA